ACAUGUCGGCAAACGCCGCCGAUGAAGAGAAGAAAUUAUCGAAAAUGGCAGAAGAACGUGAGGACGACAAGGGCAACGUAAAGACGAUGAAAGCACCUGAGGACAGUAGUGCCAGCAAAGCCGAUAGCACUGGAACCAGUGCUGAUAAGAAGCCAGAAUCAACCGGAGCGGGCGAAACAAAAAAUCAGUCCAAGAAAACCGACGAGAAAAGUGGUGACGAUGAAUCCAAAGCAGAUGGUAAUUCCCACGGCGACGGUGUUGAUGGUAAAGCGGAUGGUACGACCGGUCGGGAUAACGGGAGUGCAGACAAACCAAAGGCACCGGUCGAACCGGAAGCCAAAGGAAAAAAUCGGAAUGGCGCCAAAAAACCGGCUGACGAAGAAGAAGACGCGGACGAUGGGGAGGAUGAGUAUCAACCGACUGGCAAACGUCUCGGUUCGAUUGCACUGAUCGAUGCUAACAUUACGAAGGCAAAAGUAGAAGAUCUGCAAACGCUUCACACAGUACUGUAUGACGAAACGGCCAAGACGAUGGUGCUGCGGCGCAACCUACGCAAGUUUGGUGGGUUCGAUUUUAAGCCAAGUUCGGCCACGUACCGGAGUCGCGUGUUGGCCACAGGGAAGCUGGACGUGAAAAAGCUUGUCCAGGUUGCGGAAAUACUUGCGCUAGAGAAGAAGGGCAGUAAGGAAGAGCUUGUCGAACGGAUUUGUACCUUCCUGCAGAAGCCGGACGGUGACGAAGAGCUCCCCGAUGAGAUGGGCGAAGAAGAGGAGGAGGAGGAGGAAGAUGAGGAAGAGAAGGAGGACGAAGAGAUGAGUGAGGAGGAGGAGGCACCAAAGAAGAAAACGCCGUCAAAGCGUGGUGCGGCGCCAACCCGUGGCAGAGAUUCGGCCAAAUCUACCAGCGGACGUCCUAAACGCUCUACUGCUGGCCGUGGUUACCAAGACAAUUCCUUAUACGUAGAUUACUCUACCUCGGAGGAGGAAGAGGAGGAGACCGUUAAGGUGGGCCGUGGACGACGUGCCCGCCGAGGAUCGGACAGCGGAUCCGAUUAUAAUCCAUCAGCCGGGUCAGACUCCGAUGCGGGGAAGCGAAGAUCUGCGCGGGCACCAGCGCGUGGAAGUCGUACCUCGGCCCGAAAUGUGCGAAAGCGUUACAGCGAUGAUGAGUCUGAAGAAAGUGCCAGCGAUGACGAUUUCAGCGAAGAUGAUCGGCGAAAAAAGAAGACUACACCAGCUCGUGGACGUGGUCGACCGAGUGCCGCAGCCGGUUCCCGGCAAUCGCUCCGUGGUCGUGGACGUAAACGAAAAGCAGAAACGGAGAGUGAAGAAGAAGAAUCGGAAGAGGAGCUGGACAGUGAGGAUAGCGACCAACCGAAACGGAAAUCGGUUGCCAAAAGUAGUGGCCGUGGGUCUGUAGCCAAUAAUAAGGCUAAAAAUUCAAGCCCGGCUAAGGGAAGGGGCCAACCGAAACGGGCAGCAGCCGUGAAUAGCGCCAAGAAGUCGCGAAGAGGACGUGGCCGUAGCUCGUCCGGCGAAGACGAUGAAGAGGAAGAUGAAGAGGACGAAGAGGAGGAAGAAGAACCUGAGUUGGAUGACAACGAAUCGGAGGAUGAGAAACCGUUGGUCAAAAAGGCUAAGCAGGAUAAAGAAAGCGAUGCGGCAGCACCACCGAGCGAGGACGAUAUCAAAGAAUACCUGAAAGAGAUCCUGGAGGAAGCGAACCUUGAAGAAAUCACAAUGAAAACCGUGUGCAAGAAGGUGUACGCCAAGUAUCCGGAGCACGAUUUAUCGCAUAAAAAGGAUUUCAUCAAGGCAACAGUCAAAUCUCUUAUAUCGACGUAAAGUCUGCAGUGCAGCAGCAAUGAAGGCAGAAGUGUCGUAUGUUUUUCUUCUUUAAAUGGUUAUCAUAAAAGCGAUCGAUAUGAUGCAGAUUGCAUAAAGGAAUGAGCAUGAUGGUAUGUACAGGAUAGGAGACGAGCCCGGACAUAUGUGGGAUGCACAUUCAUAGGAACAUACAGUUCGCGCAGCAUAUUGUCGUAUAGAUAUAUAUACAUAAAAGCAACACAGAGAAACAAAUACAACUAUUAUCUAGAGAAAAAUGGUGGGACACAAAUAUAAAAAAACUCUAUUAGGGACACGCGCAUGGACAUGCAAAUUACGACGAGGGGCAGGAGUAUCUGAGUAAUAGAACGUAGCGAAGCACGAGACGUUGAAUGAGACGGAAUUAGUCGAAUCAAGAGGAACUUCCCGGCCGCGUGGACGAGUCCCUUCUAUAUUUUGCACACAGAGAAGAACAUUCACCAGCUGAGCAAAGAUUCAUAACAAUGCAGUUUAUAUGACACACGCAUUACUACGGUGUACUAAGGCAAGAAUGAAGAGAUGAUAGUGAGAGUAUCAGAGACAUCAAUUAGGUAGCCUUUUCUAUAGUCGGCAGUAGUUCUGCACUUUAAACAAAGUUUGCACACAGCAAUGGAUAAGACAGGAAGAGAAAACAGAUAAUAUACGUUUUAGGAAAAAAGGAUGUCCUGUAAAAGAAAGAAUCAAACGUUUCGGCAAACACAAGAGUUUAUUAAGGCUUUAAUAAUGGUUAGGCAAAGGAACAAAGCAUUUGGAAAACGAACCAAACCGACAAGUGCGGUAUAGCACUCAUGAAACAGACGGAAUCCGGUAAAAACACACAUACAGACAUAGAAGGGACGUAGGUUUUUAGAUAAUGACAAAAUUCUUACAAAUUCUUUCUAUGGACGGGCAUGUUUUAGUUGUACGGAUGCGCAUUUGAUUUGACCCUCCUACUGUGCUCCGUUUCUCUUCUCUCCUCAGCACGACUAGCAGAAGCGAGUUGGUGGGUAGGUUGUAUUGUGGAAAGUUUAAAUGAUUAGUGUAAUAAAUGUAACAACCGUUGAGUAAACACACAUGGAGGCACAUUAAUUGAUAACCAGUCACAAUGGCUUGCUGGAGCUGAGCGUGAAUGUAUUAUUUCGCCAUAAAUACUACUAUGCUCAGUUCUCAUCUUUAUAUGCCACGUGUAAUUCUUAUUUGUUUAUGCAAAGUUGUUGUGCGUUUGUUUUUGGGUUACGUGCUCUUCGUUUUGAAGUAGCGGUGAGAAUUAGAAUGGGAUAAAACAUUGGUAAUGUUUUAUUUUCUUUUGUCCAGUACAAGUGAAUAAGAAUUCAUAAUGCGAAAGGAGAGCGGUCAGGGCAGAAGAAAUAUUUUGUAUUCGAAUGGAACCAGAGCUCAAAACGCGAGAACAAGGCGGAAGAAGCGUUAGUGCGAAGCAAAAUUAGGUCGAUCAUAAUUUUGGGAGCUAUUCAUAAUAAACUUUCUAGAUGUUCUCGGUACGUAA